AUGAUUAUCCAUCUACUGUCCACGACUUCGGUCGUGGCGACUGUUGUCUUCCUCAUCGCCGCAAGAUGCAUCGCUGCCGUCCUUUACCGCCGCUUCUUCCACCCGCUCCGCGCAGUGCCCGGCCCCUGGCUCAACAGCGUGACCGAGUUACCCGCCGCUCUGCAGCUGGUCAGAGGCAACCAACACAUCUACUACAGGUCAUUGCAUGAAAAGUACGGGCCCGUCGUAAGAGUCUCGCCGAGCGAGCUCAGCUUCAUCAACCCGGAGGCGCGGGAGGAGAUAUACGGCUUCCGCAAAGGUGGUCGUUUGAUGGAAAAGAGCCCAAUUUUUCUCGGCGCUGUGGGAAGCACUGACGGCCAGACCGGCGUGAGUCUGGCGCUCAACGCCGAACACACCCGGCAGCGGAAAGCGUUGGGCUACUUGUUCACCAACAGCGCGUUGCUCCGUUUCGAGCACCUAUUCCGCCAACAGAUAGACCAGUUCAUCUCUGUCCUCGACGAGAAGAUGGCUCGGAACGAGCCAGUAGACGUCGCGAGUUGGUACACCUACCUCGCUUUCGACAUAAUGGGCGACGCAUGCUUCGCCGAGCCAUUUGGGUGCCUGAACCAGGCCUCGGACACGGAGUGGUCCACCUCAGUCAUCAACGUCUUCGUGGCCGCGACCUGGACGCAGGGCAUCCGCCGGCUGUCCGGGACCGGAACCUGGCUCGAGUCCCUGAUGACGCGGCUCCUCGUCCCCGCGCGGGCGGCCGAGUGGCGCCGCAUCCACCUGAGCAACUCGCGCGAGAAGACGGUCCGCCGCCUCGCCGACCGAGAUCGCGACCACCCGGACUUCAUGUACCACAUCCUCAACAGCGAGUCCAAGAACCUGCUCUCCGAGACCGAGAUCAUCCUCAACAUGGCCCUCUUCAUCAGCGCCGGCACCGACACCACCGCCACCGCCCUGACGGGCUGGACCUACUUCGUCUGCACCCACCCGGACGUCUAUCGCCGUCUGGUCCGCGAGGUCCGCGGCGCCCUGCGCUCCCGCGAUGACAUCCGCUGGGACAAGGUCCGCCACCUGCGCUACCUCGAGGCCACCAUCCACGAGGCGCUGCGCCUGUUCCCCCCCUCGCCUGCGAGCCAGCAGCGCAUGGUGCCCGCGGGAGGCGCCACCAUCGACGGCUACUACGUCCCCGCCGGCAUGACUGUGGCCGUCCCGCCCUGGGUCUCGACGCACUCGUCCUGCAACUUCGUCGACCCCGACGAGUUCCUUCCCGAACGGUGGCUGGGAGAAGACGCCCGGUUCUCCGGCGACCGGCCCAACGCCUCCUUGCCUUUCGGCACCGGGCCCCGGGUCUGCAUCGGGAAGAACCUGGCGUACAUGGAGAUGCGGCUCAUCUCCGCCCACUUGCUGUGGAACUUCGACAUGGCGCUGGACAUAGAGACGCACAGGAGCAGCAAUGAGGUUUGGGGGCUGGACGGGAAGCUGAGGCCUAUGAAGGUCUUUCAUUCCAUGACUAAACCGGACCUGUGGGUGCGCUUGGAGAAGGCGAAGCAGUAG